GUGUAUUUGAGUGCAUUUGGUUAAUCAAUUGUUAUGAAAACAUUAAAUCUAGCAAUUAUUUUCAUGCUGAAUUUGUUAAAUAAUUUUAAAAUAUUUAAUAAUAAAUUUAUACAGCAAACAUUUAAAUAUUUUAGAGGCUUUAUUAAUAAAAUCAAAAUGGAUCAGGACGAAGGUCAUAUGCAAGGGGAGGAGCAACAAGAACAAGAGAUUUUACUAGAACACAAUGCUGGAAUAGUAGCCCAACAGCAUCAGUAUGAACCAUUACAAAACCUAGCAUUAGAGGAAAUAGGUGCGAACGUGGAAUAUGUUGGAAUGGAUAUUGUUGAUGACAGUUCAAAUGAGAGUGACGAUGAGGAAGGCAAUAAUGUAGCUGAUGAUGACGACGACGAUGAUGAGGAAGAUGAUAUUAGUAAUUAUGAUGAAUUAGAAGAAAUAAUGGAUCAAGAAAGUUGUUCAUCGGAUGAUUAUGACAUAUCAGAUAUGGAUCCAGAAUAUAAUGUUCGCAAUUUUAGGCGUAUGCAUAAAAUGUUUAUGAAACGGCAACAAGAACUAAAAAAACCUACAUACUCUUUUCAACCAUUACGACUUACACAAUGCCUUUAUAAAAAUCGACACGACUCAUGGGCGUAUCCGAUAGCACGCAGUGGACAUCGCAUAAUUGCUUCUGAAUCUCAUCUUUAUUCGUUGGGUGGUUAUAAUCCAAAGACAAGGACAAAUGCCAUGCGUCGCGGUUCAUGUAUGUUGUUUCAAGAAUUGUGGGCUUAUAACUUUGCUACAAACCGUUGGAAGCUCCUACAAAAUGGCGAUAAUUGUGAUAUGCCAAAAGAACUAGCUUCAAAUGCUCUUGCCAUUUAUAAUAAUGUUUUGAUUUCACAUGGUGGUUCUGGAUACCCAUUUGGAGAAACAUGCUCAAAUGACUGCUAUGUUUAUACAACUGGAGAAAAUCCACAGGUUAUGCUUCUAAAAGUAACUGGUGAUUUACCUGCUGCUCAGUAUGGCCCAGGAAUAGUGAUACAUAAGGAUUUUCUGUAUACAAUUGGUGGAACAACAGGUUUCGACUAUUCAUGUGAUGUCUAUCGUCUUAACUUAAUAACUAAAGUCUGGGAAAAUGUAUAUAUAUGUCGACCCGAAAUGCGGGAUGAUCCUGAAGGCCGAUAUAGACAUGAAGUUGUUUACGAUGGCUGUCAUAUUUACGUGUUAGGUGGUGGGACUGCACACACCGUUUAUGACUUGCAACGUAUACCUGCUUUUAAUUUGGAAACCAAUCGGUGGGAUUAUUUUGAAACAUUGCCAGAUCGGAGUGCUUCAACAUCGGAAGACCCGGGCUAUCCAAAGGCUCGAAAGUGUCUAUCCUGCGUACAACAUACAUUGUCGAAUGGUGAUAUAGAGGCUUUCAUUACUGGCGGCUUACAGGGAGAUUUUACUACAUACUUUAAUGAUAUAUGGAAACUAAACCUUCGUACUAAACAAUGGUAUAAAAUACAUAGCGCCUCCCUUCCACGUCCACUUUAUUUCCAUUCCGCAGCACAUGCUGGUAAUGGUUGUAUGUACAUUUUUGGCGGUAUAGAAUACAGCGAGAAAGACAUAUGCCGUCGUAAUGAUCUCUUUAAAAUGUGGAUGACAAUACCAAAGCUUAGUGAAAUUUGUUGGGAUGCCAUUACUUAUUACAACUCUAAUCUACAUUAUUUCGAUCGCAGUACUUUACUUCGGGCUGGUAUACCAGACCGUUUAUUAAAUCGUUUACCACCUCUUCAACAAUGAAUGCGAAAACAUAUGUCGGAUGAGUCGGAAGAACCAUCGCCAUCGCCAUCCUCAUUAAUUAGUGCUAUAUCUAAAAGAAUGCGUUCUCACAUCGAGUAGAUUUUUCACAUACGUGAAUUGAUUAGUAUUUUAAAUUUUGUUUGAAGUUGUUUAUGGGUCGUUUGCCAUCUGUUUUAUAAUAAAUUACGAUUACUAUUUUUUUAAUUAUUUACACACUAAUUAAAUCGAUGGAUUUGUUAGCAUAGAAAGUUAAAACGAAUAGUUUUAAAAAUAUUCUUUAAAUGGAUUUUGUAUGGUUUACAAAACACUACAUAUUUAAUAACACACACAUGCGAACAUACAUACAUAUUUUUAUAUUUCUUCUUUCUAAAUUAUAUAAAAGAUUUGUAUACACUCUUAGUAGUUAGAGCGUUUUUGCGCGUUUUAAAUAUUUGUUAAUAUAAAUGAGAUGAAUUUAUUUUGCUAAUUUAAUUAUAUUUCUUUUAAACAAUAACUACAAAAAUUGUUCAACUUGAUUACUGCAGGAAUAUUAAUUCAUCAUUAGGUACAUAUUGCAUUAAUUUUCUAUGCAAAUUAAGUGAUAUUACAAAUACAUACAUAGUUUCAAAAUAAGUCUACCCAGUUUUCUUGAACUAAUAAUAAAUCAACUUUGUUUCAGUACAAGUCAAAUUUUUAGUUAAGCAUUUCGUGGAUGCAGAAAUUGCAAAAUGUUCCUUGUACUGAAAUAGACUAGUAAUUUGUUUAAUACAGUUGUGUUCUUAUUCAAAAUGACAAGAACCAAAUAAUAAUAUGAUAACAAAUAUUAUAUUUAUUUAUAUAAAAGCAAUUAAAUUCUGUAUAUUUACAUUGCUUUUAAGAAUUCAUCAUUAGAAUCAAUUCGGUAUAAAAAAUCAUUGCUGUGCCUAAGAAUAAUGAUUAAAAAAUCUUAUAAUAUGCUUAUAUUGUUUGAGUUUCUUUAAUAGAUAUUAAUAUUACCUAUUACACAUUAAUAAAUACCAAAAUAAA